AUGGGAAUCAGCAAAACAGAAAUCAAUUUGCGGAGAUUGCUUUCCGCUGCACCUAAUCAGCAAAAUCAGUCAAAGCUAAUGCAUUACGUUGCUACUCUGAGGGAACAAUUAGAACAACUCUCAGAAGAGAAGACACCUGAAGGUCUUCCCAGAGUUACAAAGGCUAAGGUGAAUGAGUACUAUGAGAAGAUUGAAGCUAUUGCUUCAAAAAUAGCUGCUCAAGAGCCUGACACAGAGGUAUCUGAUGAACCUUUUGUUAAGGAUUCUACCAGCGAAAGCUCUCCAAAAAUAGAAGACGAUACUCGAAGCCCCACUUCUCCACAGCUGAGAAGAAGAAUCGUUUCUACAGGUUCCAAGGAGCAAAUUUACGAUUCUGAUCCAUCAAAACCAAUAAAACUAGACAAUGCAGCUAAAGCAAACAUUGAAAAGCACAGAAAGCUUCAAGAUGAUCUCACCGAUGAAAUGGUGGUACUUGCAAGACAACUCAAGGAGAGUAGUCUAAUGAUAAGUCAAUCUGUGCAAAAUACAGAGAAGAUACUCGACUCUACCGAGGUUGCGAUUGAGCAAAGCUUAGCGAGCACAGGACAUGCAAACGUAAGAGCCUCAAAGAUAUAUUCAGAAAGUUCAAAGACGAGUUGCUUCCAGUGGCUACUGAUCUUCGCCAUGAUCUGUGUGUUCAUAAUGGUUGUCAUGUUGAUCCGAGUCACAUAG